AUGUUCUCGAAACUCGGUUCGGUGCUGGCCAUGACCAAGCCAAAUGGAGACGCAAUUCUGUCCAGCAAGCCAGAUGCUCAGGAACCACGGGCCCUCCCCGCAUCAUGGUAUCGGCAGGAUGAAAUGUAUCAACUCGAACGCCGCGCCAUUUUCUCUAAGCGAUGGCUUCUUGCCACGCACAAAUUGCGUUUCACCAAGCCCGGAGACUUUCUCCGCUUCGAAGAGGCUGGCUACCCAUUCGUGCUGUGUUUGGACAAGGAUGGAGAGACCAUCAAUGGCUUUCACAACAUCUGCAGGCACAGAGCCUUUCCAAUCGUCACAGAAGGGGAGGGAAACGCCAAGAUCUUUUCUUGCAAAUAUCACGGCUGGUCAUACGGGAUAAACGGAAAACUUGCCAAGGCACCACGCUUCGACACUGUUCCAACAUUCAACAAGGAGAACCACAGCCUCUUUCCAGUUCAUGUGCACAUCGAUGCCAUUGGAUUCGUCUGGGUUAACCUGGAUGCGUCCCCGGAACCAGAAGUGAAAUGGUCUGACGACUUCGAGGGUGUUGAUUCGCAGGAACGGUUCAAAUACUUUGACUUUUCUGAAUAUCACUUUGAUCACGUCUGGGGCAUGCAGGGCAAUUACAACUGGAAAACGCUUGCUGAUAACUACAACGAAUGUUAUCAUUGCCAGGUUGCGCACCCAGAUGUCAAGGCUAUAACAGACUUGACCUUUUACUACACCGUCUCCAAGCCCGGCUACAUUCAGCAUUUCUCGCGACCCAAGAAGGGAACUGAGCAAGAUGAUAUCAAGAUCAGUAGCACAUAUUACUUUCCCAACUCCUGCAUGACUGUUUCCCCACACUUCUUCUACAUGAUGCGAUGCGUACCAACAUCAGUUGGCACUUGCUCAAUGGAGUAUGAAGUCUAUCGCCAUAAAGACGCCACUGACAAAGAAUUCGAGAGGACCAAUCAAUUCUUCAAGAGAGUUCUCGGGGAAGACAAGUACUUAUGUGAUGCAGUGCAGAAGAACUUGGAAGCGGGCGUUUUCACCAAUGGAGAGCUACAUCCGGACUUGGAGAGCGCACCAAUAUUCUUUCAGAAUACUGUCAGGCAGAUCGUGACUGAUCAUCGCAGGAAGGAGCAAGCUUCAAAGGAGGAGAUAUGGCCGGCCAGGCGCCACGUGUCGACAUCUGCGGUCACGAAGGGGGAUGAUGAGUUUUGUGAUGGACUGGCUUGCAAGGCUGAUAAUGCCGAUAUGGACUGGUGA